CAGGCUUAGGCUAGGCCGAUCACAUUUUAAAAUGCUAAGUCAUACCAUUAAUACUUCCAUGGUCAUACUAACCAAUAAAUUGUAUUUUUAAGGCAAUGACUUUUUUUAGCUAGUAAUCCUAGGCCAGGCUGGGCCGAUCAUUUCGGUCCCGGUUCGACGGGCCAAUGGCUAUAGGCCCUAUCUCAUCUAGUUAGGGCCUAUGUCAGGCGGCUUUUCGUUCGGUUGCUGCAUGCUCAACCUGAAUGUUAACGAAGAAGGUCGAUUUUUAGAAUUGAUGAAAAUUCUGCAAUGCUUAGCAAUUAUGAAGUCUUAACACUCUUAAAAGAUCUUCAGUCGCAAUCAGAUGGUAAACGAAAAGGGACUAAGAUGCAUCAGAACCUGGCAACAGUAUCGUACGAGACUAUGAAGUAUCUAGAGAAAACACCUUGUAAAGAGCAAACUCCAGAAAUAAUCAAGAAUUUCUUACUGGCUUUGGAGCCAUACAAAUUGACAAAGGCAGAAAAGUUACAGCUUCUGAAUCAAAGACCAACAUCAGCAGUGGAAAUUCAAUUGAUGAUUGAGGAGAGUGAGGAAAGAUUAACUGAAGAUCAAAUUGAGGAGUUGCUCCAGUUGAUAAGUACUCAUUUGUUGAUAGAAGAAACGGAAGAAAUGGAUGCACAGGCAGGAGAUGGGCAAUGAUAGGACAAUGGCAGUGUGAUAAAUUACGAAUGUUGGUCACAUUUCCGGAUUUUACAGCCUACUGCAACAUUCAGUGCAGAACCUUAAAUGUAUACGAAGUAGUAAAGGUUCUUAACUACUGUAGUUUCAGUCUUCAAAUGUGCAGAUAGCUCAGAGAUCAACUACUGGAAGUGUUAAGCCAGGCAUACACUGUAUUACCUGACCACCGGCUAAUGAAGCAAUCUCCGCUUCAAGUGCCCAACAACGUGAUGGGAUGUCAUACUGCUUUCUCCAUUGAACAUACGUGGAGGCACAUAAGCAGAGUGAAAAACCAAGGCUGGGGUCCGUUUGGGGAGACUAAACAACAACUAUUUUUGGCAAAUUAUUGGUGGGGCCUACAAAAGGUUUGGCCUGCCCUGUGCCCCUACCAGUGCUAUGGAAAUGUGUCAGCUGACAACCGCCUACUUUAAGCCUUCAAACAAGCAAGUGCAAUUCAUGAAAUGAAAUGAAACAAUUACAAAAUCAUUGUAGCAUACAUACGACUUUUAUUUUCAAAUAUUCCCGAAGAAAGCUGUGUUUCUAUCAUUAAUUUCAGAUAUCACAUAUGUUAUUCACUGCACAGCAGCUCUAUCUUUAUGUAAUUUUGUAGUGUGAUAAAACCAAUAACAUUUCAACUACUCCAGUUCUUAAAAUUGGUU